CAGUUACCGACGUGUAUCUGAUCCUAGCAGUCAGGCUCCAAUUCACCUAGUACCUUCUCCAAUUCUUAUUAUUGUGUUAGAGAAUUGAUCUGUGUUUUCGUGUUUUAACUCAGUAUUCAAUUAUUUGUAUCUUCUUCUAUCAACGUAUCGACGAGUUGUGUUACACCUCGUCUUCUUCUGUGUCUACGCUCGUAUUCCGCUCGUACUACUGCGUCAGUCUUCCCACACGGGAAGAUGCUUUACAGAGCAAUCCGCAACGAGCAAAACAAGAGUACAUUCCGAAACGGCCCUUUUUUUUAAAUAUGGCGCUACAGCACAGCUGUUAAUAAGCAAUAAAUUCUUUUUUUUUUCCAAUUUCGACCAUGAAAAUCGGAACAACCCCGAAGAAAGGAAAAAGUGGUUUUACUGCUAGCUUCUUUGUUCAGCCAACACUUUAAAAACAGGCACUAGGACCCGACGAUGGAGGGGGGGGAGGGGUAGAAAAAUGAGUCCACAAACAAAACUGAUCAAGUCUGGACUUGCCAAUGCAAAAUAGGUUGAGGGAAGUGGAGUUGCCAAUGGCUCCCCCUUCAAGAGCGUAUUCAGUUUGCUCAUUCGACUAAGAACUACAGGCAGAUAAACUAGCAUACACCGUUUGUAAUUUGUGUUUUAUACGUUUUCAUCAUUGAAAAGGAAAAGAGUGAUUCAAGAUGGAAAGGUCCCGAAGAGAGUCCCCAAAGAAGCCAUACCAAAAGACGUUCGGCUGAUGGGAGCACUGGAGGGACUUGCGUCUUGUUUGAAUUGUUUGAGUAGCCCUUUGUAUUCACUCGGAAGUGUGUUACCAUAAACAAUAUUCCUAGCGAAUGUUUAUCAACAUGCAACAGGAAUUAAGAAAAGUUCUAUUUUUAAAUGUUAAAAAAACACAGCAAUGUGAAAAGCAAUUAACAAACAAAAUUCAAACACCGACUACUUAGUGGCUUAAAUCCUCGAACGCUCACGGUCGCAUCGACGCAACUUGACUAAAUUAUCCUAAAAUGUUUUGUUAUGAUCGUCUGGAGUCUCCCGAAAUUUGUUUCCAAAAUUGGUACACAUUCGCCCGAAAAAAAAUGUAUCUCUUGUUCCAUACAAGUCAUAGCAAUUAACUGGUUCCACUUCAAUGCUCAGUACUACAUUGGGGACGUUCACAACAUGGGUACCUUUCAUUCGAUGAAUUUCAUGGUGUGGAUUUUGGUCGUGCAUUUGCCUCAUUUAGUCAAUGCUGCUGCUACUUCUCACGAGUGCCGUUUAGAUUCGGACUGUCCAGAAUCUAGCUUUUGCGAUCAAUUGCAUUUCGUCUGUGAAAUAUGCUUGCCGUGCCAAAGUCUUUUAAAUCGGGCAGCUGGUGUUGACACAUGCGCCAAAUCGGAGGAUGAUUGCGGACGUUGCCUUAGGGGAUUUCAGUCGGAAGAUUUAACUGGGCAAAGGCGCUCCUACAAGUGUUUCCCAAUACUAGAUAAACAAGCUGAAUUCCUACCGCAUCCUUCAUCCUUAAUGACGUGGAACGAGUUUAUAACUUUAGCCGCUGCCAUUAUGUUAUUGGCAGCUAUGUUGGUAGUUCUUACCACCUAUUAUGUAAAAAACCGUUAUAGCAUGCCGCGGGAAAACGCCAACACUGGAACUAGAAAAAGAAGCUCAACGGAAGUCGAUUACCUUCCACCGCCCUAUAAUGAAGUGGUCUCAUCGGAUCAAACGUACACUUUUGCCACAGAAGAAUCAUCCGAAGAGAUGAACCAAGCUACGCCAAUUGGUCGCUAUCACAUGAUCCAUAGAGAAGAUGAAACGAAUCGCGAGGACCUUGACUUAGUUGAGGACUUACACUCCGAAGAAGAAUCCACAUUGGGUUCUACCGAGACUAUUCCGUCUUCGUGGGAACCUAGUGGGACGACCAACAAUUUGGACGGUAUUACUGUUCUAAGUCAACAACAUCCGCGCAUAGUUAGAAGCCAAUCAUCGACCACGUUCAAAAUGCUUCGUGAGUUUUCUUCUCGUUCUUGCCCUAAUCUUUCCAGCUCGAUUUCCACUGGAAUCCAUGGGGAACGGCAUGUUUUGCUCUCCAGUUUCAGGCGUCCAGUGAUGAUUACCGGCCCAGUAGGUAAACAACAAAAUGAAGGCUAUCGCUUUCAACUGAAUGAUCCGCUUCGCCAAUGCCCAUUGUCGAACAAUCAGAUCAGACAACCACAAGAAAUUAUCAGUGUUAAUAACGAACAUAUAGCUCUUCAAACAUUUUCUGUUCCAGAAGAUACCCCAGCAAUGCAAGCUUCUGAAUCCAUGGAUCCCUCUGAUCCGCUCGUGCGAUUUUCGAGGAGACGAGCUCACGUGGAUGAAAACCCAGUCAACGCUAAACGGCGCCAUAUGGAAUAGCUUCAGCAAUAUUUUUCGUUACGCAAGAUAUUCCAUGUUGUUCAAACGUUCGAGUGUUCGAGGCACAUAGAGUUUGCUUGUUGCUUGUUGUCUUUUUUUAAAAUUAUCGCAUUGUUUUAGUUUUCGAACGAACGAAAUGUAAAUAUCAAUAAGAGGAAACUUUGACUCAUAAGUUUUCGUUACUCCAUCAUUUUCAAAUACAAAUAAUUUUUCUACCAA